UGUGUUCCGGAGGCGGAGCGGCAGGGCGCAGGCUGUGCGGGUGGGCGCGGUGACCCGCAGCCUUUGGCUCGCAGCGGGACUUCUGCCGGGGACCACUGUCCAAGGAUCGGGCUACUGAGGGACAUCUGCCUCAGUUUACCCCCUCACCGUCCGGUGAAAUCCCUGCAGCGCCUUGGGGGAAACCGUUCUGCUCCGCGAGGGAAACAGAGCCGUUGACCAUGGUUGCAACGGGCAGUUUGAGCAGUAAGAACCCGGCCAGCAUUUCAGAGUUGCUGGACGGUGGCUAUCACCCUGGGAGUCUGCUAAGUGAUUUUGACUACUGGGAUUAUGUUGUCCCUGAGCCCAACCUCAACGAGGUGGUAUUUGAAGAGACCACAUGCCAGAAUUUGGUUAAGAUGUUGGAAAACUGUCUAUCCAAAUCAAAGCAAACCAAACUGGGUUGCUCCAAGGUCUUGGUCCCUGAGAAACUGACCCAGAGAAUUGCUCAAGAUGUCCUGAGGCUCUCCUCUACGGAGCCUUGCGGCCUUCGGGGUUGUGUGAUGCACGUGAACUUGGAAAUUGAAAAUGUGUGUAAAAAGCUCGAUCGGAUCGUGUGUGAUGCUAGCGUGGUGCCCACCUUCGAGCUGACACUCGUGUUCAAGCAGGAGAACUGCUCGUGGACCAGCCUCAGGGACUUCUUCUUUAGCAGAGGUCGCUUCUCAACGGGCCUUAGGCGAACUCUGAUCCUAAGCUCAGGAUUUCGGCUCGUUAAGAAAAAACUGUACUCUCUGAUUGGAACAACGGUCAUUGAAGAGUGCUAAGGAGGAAAAGCAAUUAAAGGAUCUUACCAGAUGAUGUCCAGCCCAUCAAAAUAUCCAGAGGUCCAAACCACCUGCUUCCUGCUCGAAUUUGAAGAGGUCUUACACAAGAGGGUACAGUUAAAUCGACAGGCUUAAUUAAAAUGUCACCUUACCUAAGAGUGAAUAAAUAUCACAGUAACAAGAGCAUGACCUCCCUGCUUGGUGUUCUCCCCACACCCAUGCCCAAGGACAAACAGUUUCCAUAGUAUUUUAAUGAUUACAGCACUACUUCCAAUGUCUUUGGAGGAUCACGUCAGCUCAGUUUUCCUAGUUCUCAGCUGUUGAAUGUUGUCAUAACUUCUUUAGUCAGAGAAAGAGAAAUGGCACACCGGCCUUCUUGGCAUGUCGUUGAUGUGGCUGAGCAAACAGUGAUUUCCCAUCUAUGAAGAUGGAGAAGGGGAAGCUCAGAUCCUGGCCUGGGUCACGUCCACUUGAUAACAUUGCCGCUUUAUGCCGUUAAGAUGCUCUGUCCCUAGCGAAGCAUCUCACCCCAUCGUGGUGGCUCAUCUCCGGCAUCUUCUGGGAACUGGACCACCUUUCACUAACUUUGCACUUCUUAAUUGUCGAUGUGUUUAUAUUUGCAGAACCCAAUUUGACUUUGAGAUGUUGCUGCUACUAAAGAUAUGAAAAUCCUGUAAUAACUUAAGACAACCACUGCACACACCCAGCCUCAGCCCACCUUCCAUACCCACGCCUAGGAAACAAUAAAUGCUUCAUUCGGUUGGCUUUUGCUUUAUGAGUUUCUGUUUUUAUGGCCAUGAGGUAAUUUACCCUCCACAUGAUUCUGCUCUAUUCAGCAGGGUCUUAUCAUCCUUGGGUCAUGGAAAGAGGUGUAUUCAGGUCUCCUGCCCGAGCCUUUAGUAUAAGUUCAUAGAGAUCAGUGCCAGCAUGAUUGGGACAGAUGUCCUCAGCCUGGCCUUACACAAACAAGCCUGAUGCAGUUACUGGUCCUGCAGGGGACCUGAGACAUCACUGCUCCAAUGAGCAUGUGUUCUAACAAACUGUACACUUUGGAUGCUGGGACAGACACCACAAAGCAGUCUCCACAGGACUGGGCCUGUCGGCAAAUCCCUGCUGUUUUGUAGGCUUGUGGAUGUCCAGGGUUCUGAAGGCCACUGUGCUUCUGUAGCUGCUUGGAGACAUCACCUGGGAGGAUGCUGAGGCUUCACAGGCACUGAUGUAGAUCCUUUUCCCACUAGCAGCUGUUACUGGCUCUCUUGCCUAUUUCAAUCACAAAACGAUGAUGGCUCAAGGAGGCUCUUACAAUGAUAUUCCUGUUAAAACAAAAUUAAAGUCUGCCUGUUUUUUACAAUAAAACAUUAUACAUUUUUAAUUCUCUUACCCUCUUGGUUUUUUUCUGCGUUUGUGUCAUGGUCUCCCUACAAUAGAUUUGACAGUAUUUGAAGGAAGAUAAUGAAUUAUUCCUUUUUAACAAAGCUAUUUUGCACCCUCAAUUAUA